AUGAAGACGGACGUUGACCGAUAUAAUUUCCCGGAGGAUUAUAUAGCUACAAAUCCCCCAAAUAUACUCAUCAUUCUUAAACUUCACCGAGCCACAACCAAGUCGGAUCCUGUCACGCCACACGAACUUCUUGUGAGUACAUUUGGUUGUCUUCUUGUAGCAGAUGAGUUUCUUGAGUCUGUUGAGAACAUUGUGACAUCUCAGCGACCUUCUUGGCGAGCUGAUGCAGAAAGCGGUAAAUCGAUUUCGUAUAUUCACCUUUUGACGAGGCUCUUCUUUUACAAUUACAUGCUCUAUUUGACUGCAAGUAAAAGUUUAGUGCUUAAGUGUUUAAAGAAAGGUGUUCUUUAUCUAUAA